AUGGCGCCGAAGGCCUUGACGGACUGUCCAGAGAACCUUCGAGAGUCGAUCGACUGGCUCGUGCAGGUGAAGCACGGCGGUGGCAUCUCGAAGCUGUCCAGCGCUCUCGGUAAGUUGUUCGACCAUGUCGCUCAGGACGCUCAGACAUCUCUGUCGUCUCCCUCCGAGUCAGAUGACCCGUCCGCCGGAGAUGUUAUCUCCAAGCUUCAAGGGUUUCGGAGCUCUCUUCCGCAAAACUCUGCGAAUACUAAUGAAAACAUUUUACAUAAUCUCUGUUCCUCCUUUGAGACAUUUUUAGGCUAUAAGCCUCCCGGAACCUACGAUGGUUCCGGGAUUGUGUAUGGCUCCGCCUCCCGUUUGUGCGACGCCAUUUUAGCGUUCUUGUAUGCUGUGUUCCAUGAUGUCUAUGAAAAUCAGCCGUACGUGUCCGGUAGAUCUAUAUUGCAUGAUGUCCUUGAUAAGCAUCUUAAGCCUCAGUUGCGGCAGGGCCACAAGGGGUUUACUCACGCUAUCCCCAAGGUGGCCGACGGCCUCCGCAAGUACAACGAGGCUGUCUCGGCUUCGAACGAAAAAGUGAAGAAGCCGAUAAAUGAGUUGUUAUCGUAUGUUGGUGAGGGUGGUAAGUUGCUCACAGAGGUUAAUAAGAUUCAGGUACCGGAAGAGUCUACGCCUCUGAAACCUGAGGAAGCCGUCAAGGCGGCGGAGGCCUUGGUGAAGGAAUGCGUCGACGAAAACAAGAAGUUGCAGCAUAAGUUUGAGGCAACCAAAAGGGGCAACAUUGUGGCUGAAUACAAUGAUCUGAAUUUGUCGCUGCGUGAGAAAGUCCGCAAUGCCCGUAAAAAUAUUGGCCAUGAAGUUAGGCGGCUUAAGCAGCUCUCCAAAAGGGAGAGACAAAACCUGGAGGCCUUCAUUAAGAUGAUCAGGAAGGCGCUCACCAAGCUUAAAACUGACGUAAAUAACCAGAUCACCAAAAAGGUGGAGGAGCUGGUUAAACAGUUGAAAGAUAAGGUCAAUCAGAUUUUGCAGGCGCUGGAAGGGAUUAGUAAAUCGCUCGGACAAUAUAUUAUGGACCUUGACAAGUGGAUUGAGAAAACAAAACUAGACAUUGAUGCGGCACAGAAAUUAGUCCAGAAGAUUUUAAAUGAGGUGAAUGGAAUUGAACCGGCUAAAUGCAAAAAUGAGCUUGACAAGGCGAUUGAAACUGUUGAGACCAGGUUGCAAGAGAGAGUUGCGGAUUUGACAGAAUGGAAGGAAGCGGCACAUAAAGUGCUAGAAGGGACGAUUUUGAGUUCUGGUAAUGUGUACAAAGAUUUGGAUCCCAAUCAACAAAAAGAUUCCCCCGGCGAGACGACAAAGAUUGGUGAAGGACUUCAGCAGAUCACUACGGCUAAAACGGCAGUUGAGGGCGUGAAUACUGGGCUUAUUCAGGUUAAGAACGAUUUGACAGCUUGGAACCUUGCGGCAAAAGAUGUGCUUAGCAAUGUGGUCAGUAAGGCUACGGACGUGCAUAAAAAGUUGGACCCUGAGGCAGCUGACACGGAUCAUAAAAUUGGUACGAACAUUAAGGCUAUUGAAGAAGCUAAAACGCAACUUGACAACGCAAAUGUACAACUUGGCCAACAAGUUAAGGCUUUGGGCACUUGGAUCACCGAGGCGGAGAAUAUCCGUGCCGCGGCGGAGAAAAAGGCCAAGGAGGCCUACGACAAGUUGAAGGUUAAUGAGACUCUGAGUAACAAAAUCGGAGAGAUUGUGACGGCAAACAACAAGAUUAAAGAUGUUCAUGGAAAGCUUGAUACCCAUCUUGGGAGUUUGAAUACUUGGAAGCAGACGGCCACGGGCGUGCUUACAGGGGCGAUUCAAAGGGCCAAUGAGGUGUAUGAUGAAUUGAAUUAUGAAGACAAGCAGACUGGUGGUAAGACUGAUUUGGGUCAACAAAUUCAGAAUAUUGAUGAUGCUAAAAAACAAAUUCAAAAUGCAAAUGGCUUACUUAAAACUGAAGUUGAAAAUUUAGGUAAGUGGAAGUCUGCCGCCGACAAAGUAAUCGGCAAUGCGGACAAGAAGUGUGAGGAGAUUUUGGGGAAAGUUGAUAAGGAUAAAAAAAGUGUGAUAUAUAGUCAAGCUCAAGAAUUAGAAAAGCAAGGUAAAAAACUUUUGGAGGCUGCGAAGGAUGCUAAGCAGGCUGUUGAGCAGAAUGUCCAAUCAGCGUUGGAGGCUGUCGUGGACAUGGACAAAAAUCUCAAGAGGGAUUUGAAGGGUGUGAAACAGAAGAUUAAGAAAGGGAUUAAAGAUGUUAUUGAGCAGUUGCAGGUUAACAUUUUGGAUCAGAAAGUGAGAGAUGAUUUGGAGAAGUUGAGGGGGAGGAUUAGUGGGCUUAAAACAGAGGUUGAUAAAUCAAAUGGAGAGGGCCUCGUUAAAAAUGAGUUGGAUGCUCUACAGUCGCAUAAGACAACUAAUUUGGAUACUGUUGUUAGCCAAAUUCAGAGCGAGACGAAUACUAACCUUGAAAAGAAUUUUAAGCAACAUAUCCAAAGUCCGCUUCAGUCUGCGGUCGGUGCAGUUGACUCGGCGAUUGUGGCGCUUGGCGGGAAUUUUAAUAAGUUGACGAGAAUUGAAAGCAUUUUCGGGCAUAUUAAAAAGCAGGUUGGGGAGAUUAAGGGGACAUCAGGAGACGGAAGUUGGGAGAAUAAAAAUGGCCAAGGCCUGGAUGGGAUUAAGUCCAAGGUGCAUAAUUAUGCCACUGCUUUUCGCAACGAUAAUUUUGAGAAUAUAGUGAAGGGGUGGCUGGAGGCCACCAUAUUGGAGUACAACGGCACCGUGCGGAGAAUACUCGGGUGGACGUAUGGGCAGGAUAUGAAGGAAAGCAUUAAGCAGUUCGGCAUUGGUAUGAAAGAGAAUUUUAAGGUUGAUGCAGAGGAUUCAGCCAAAGCAGCGUUCCAAAAUGUUGAUACAGCCAGCGGCAGCAUCACUAAAAGUAUUGAAGCUGUCCAACAGCUUUGCAAUGGAUUUGCCGGCGGACUUGAUAAGAAACUAUUGCAACAGGGAAAUGACGCAGUCAACCAUGUAAAGGAUGACGCUCUGCAGAAGGGAUCCCUAGACGCUAAGAUUACAAACUGCAUCUGCGAGUGCGUAAACUGCAAAAAGCCAGACUGUGGCAAAAAAGCCGCCGCGGAAUUGAUAAUGUGCGCGCUGACAUCUACAGUGAGACAGGUGGGCAACGAACUGAAUUCCGUGCUGCUCGAGCCAAAAGACACAAACAUCGCAACAUUCUUGGAUACUAUCACGCCUAUUGCUACUCAGCUUAACGAGCAGCUUAUGAAGGCGACUCAAAAUUCCACACCUCCCACCCCCGAUGCUGGCACAGCCCAAGCCGUGGACAGUAGGUUGCAGGCAGUGAGGGAAUUCGUGGAUGGAAGUGGUGAGAAUAUUACCAGCAAGUUUAACAAAGAGGUCAAAGGACCACUUCAGCAGGCAGUCGAUCAACUUCCCACCGCCGUUUCCACUUUCAACCAAGAAGCUCAAGACCAGAUCAAGGCUGCGGCCAAGACGGCGAUUAAGGAGGCGGCUUGUCAAAUUAAGACGGACAGUGAUGGUAAAGCACAACUUGGUGCUGACCUCAUGAACGAAUUUAACACUCAGUUCACUAAGAUAACUGAUACCAAUACUGGACUUCAAAAACAGCUUGAACAGCAAGUUGAUACGCACAUUGGGCAGGAUGAUGGACCUGCGGGUGGUGGUCAAGGCGGUACAAUUACUGACCUUGCUGGUGGAAGCUUCACGGAAUAUAGUGGACACGUAAACCAAGAAAGCGUUAAGAAAUAUGUGCCAUCAAAAAACGCAGAUAGCCUAACUGGCUCUCUUCCACUGGCGAUCGGGAAGAUUAGAGAUGACGGUCUGGAUGCGCUUAAAAUCAUCGAUCAAAAAACAAGCGGCCAAGAUCAGAUUACCGAUUCAACCUUCACCGUGCCGUUCACCGCAAUUACAAGCCAGCUUGACGAGAUCAAGAAAUUGGUUGAGAAUAAGCAGGGGACCCCGACAGGCACUAAACCAGAUGGCGUCAAGGACUACUUGGAUGAGCUUAAAAGUGCGCUUGAUCAGGGCAAGUUAAAUGGAGCUGAUAAAGGCCUUGACGCAAUCAAAAAGGCGAUUGAUGAUCUGCAAAAAGGAACGUUUGACCAACAACCCGAAGCAAUUGGCCAAGCCGUCAAAGCAAUUAGGCAGCAGCUUAAACAGCUUAGAGAGAAGUUGCAAGCUAAAAAUGGCCAGCCGGGAAAUGAUGUCAUUAAGACGUUGGAAGAUUUGCAAGGCAACGGUCUUAGUGACAAAGAUGACUGGCAAAAUGGUAAAGGUAAAACUCUCAGCGGUCUCGGGAAAAUCCACAAGGACCUUGAAGAGCAGAAUGACACGUUAAAAACCCGUGGUGACGAAAUCACCUCUGCCAUUAGCCAAAUUAAGUGGGCCCUUAGAGGUCUGGGAUUUAAGUUUCAACAUGUAUACGACAGUGAUGACAUCCUGGACAAGUUGAAGGAGUUAGAAAGCAUGAUUGGCCAAAAAGCUGCAAUAGAUGGAAAUCUGCAUCACAUUUGUUAUGAGAUUGAAAAGCUACAGAAAAAGGAAUUUUCUCAGAAACCACAAGCCAUUGGAGAUGCCAAGCAAGAAAUUGUAGAUGAACUCACUACCCUCCGAACUGAGUUGCAAGGCCAGAAGGACAACGAUGUCAUUGCAACAUUGAAAGAUUUGCAGACCAAUGGACUAAGUGGAAAUGGUUGGACACCAAAAAACAGUAAUAAUAAAAAAGGCCUCGCAAAAAUUCAUACUGAGCUUCAAGACCAACAAAGUGAGCUGUCUGGCCAACCCAAGAACAUACAAGAUGGCGUCAACCAGAUUACCGAAGAGCUUAUAAAGCUUCAGACGCAGUUGAACACUGAGGUCACCGAUAAGCUGAAGAAGCUGAGAGACCAUGGCCUUACUGACGGUAAAGAAGCAUGGACAAUUGAAAGUAAACCAGACAAAGGCCUCACUAAAAUCACCACAGACAUCGUUGCCAUAAAAACCAAGGACGUUAAAGACGUGAAGGAUUGUCUCAGGGCUUUGUGCGCGGCGAUUAGAAUGUUAGCAAAAGAUGCCGAAUGGUCUCUUAAUGAAUUGAAGGAUGGCAAAAUUGGCGAGCAACUCAAGCAAAUAAGAGAUGAAAUUGACAAGCUACACGGCCGUCUGGUGGAUGGUCCCAUAAAAGACCUCAGGGCCUUCUUAAGAUUCCUCGACAACGGCAAGGCGCAACUCAUCAAAUACCUCACACAAUUCGUCAACCAGGAGAUCAAGGCAGCCGAAGAGACAUUGAUCAGGGAGGCACGCCGGCAAUAUGUCUCCAACAUCAAGGAGGCGCUGGAGGCCUUCGCCCGGAAGGUGGAGGAGGAGCUGCGGGAGUUGCCGAAUGAAAUUAGCAGAGAUCUCUACUUGGGCUACAAGGGGUUAAUAAAAUACAUGUAUGGCCCUUUGAGUUCCGAUUUCACGGGCCGUGAAGAGAGCGUUCCACAAUUAUCCUCUGCGUUCCGGGAGCUUUAUGAGCAAGUACAGACGUAUCUCCUGGGGGAGAUAGGAAGAGAGGCCGACGAGCAAAACAGGAAGAAAAAUCCUUCGCUCCCGCCGUCCGAGGAGCCGUACAACAGUAAGCUCAACGAGGUGUACGACGCGCUGACCAAGUUGCUCACGUACCUCAAGGACAACGAUAUCUUCGACCACAGACUCCAGGCGCUGCUCCGCAACCUCACCGACGCGCUGAGUGACCUCAGGCCGGAAAGCUUCGCCAAGCCCUCAACUCCCCUACUGGACGGCCUGGUGGAGGGACUUGGAGUCGUGGCAUUUAAGCUUCUCGAGAUCGCAGUAGGCCGCCCAGCUGAGGUAGGUGUGGACGAAGGUGGAAGAGUACGGGGCGUAGGCUCCGUAGGUGAUGGGCUUCAUCAGUUGUGGGCACUUGGAGUUAUCGAUGUCGCAGCCAAGCAGUGUGGACAGGGUCUUGGCAUGGUUCUUGUCCUUGUCGUGGUUGGCGGUGGGAGUGGCGGAGCCCCGGAUGCCCUGGACGGCUUGGAGGUCGGCGUCACCAAGGCAGUCCCACCUGGGGCAGUCGUCAUGUCGCUUGGAGAGGGCGGAGCCCAGUAA